CGGCCAACGGGCAGCGGAGGUGCCCGGGGCAGGAGGCGGCUAACGCCGGCCUGGGCCCGGCACACCCGGCAGGCAACGGCUGCGCUCGGAGCUGGGUCUCGCGCUUCUCCGGUGUACGAUACAGGGCCCGUGGAGCGAGGAGAAGCUGUUUGGGGACGAGGGGGAUCUCCUGGGGCCCCGUGCUGGCGGGGGGAGGAUGUGGGGUUCUUGGCCCUUCGUGUGCGGUGUGGUUUUGCUGUAAGGGGUAGCGGGCCUUUUAGCGUAGGGUGCCUGGGGCCACAGAGCCCCGAUGUGGGAAAGUGGGGCUCCUUACUGACACUGUAGUGACAGCAGGCAGGCAUGGUCGGCUAUGACCCAGAGGCCAAGUGUGUCUCCACGGUGGAAGCAGCUGCAGCAGGAUCAGCAUCGGGCUUCGUCACUCGGGUCCUGAUCAGCCCUUUGGACGUCAUCAAGAUCCGCUUUCAGCUUCAAAUUGAGCGGCUCUCCUCCAAAACUCCGGGGGCUAAAUAUCAUGGCAUCUUGCAAGCUGUAAGGUGCAUCUUCCAGGAGGAGGGUAUGCUAGCCUUCUGGAAGGGUCACGUUCCUGCACAGUUCCUUUCAGUUGGCUAUGGAGCUGUUCAGUUCAUGGCAUUUGAAAGCUUGACCAAACUGGUGCACAACGUCACCUCAUACAAUGUCCGCAAUUCCUUUGUGCACUUCGCCUGUGGUGGACUGGCAGCUUGCACAGCCACUGUUGCAGUUCAGCCUGUUGACACACUACGUACCCGUUUUGCUGCUCAGGGUGAGCCUAAGAUCUAUCUCAACCUUCACCAUGCAGUGGUGACCAUGUACCAGACAGAAGGGCCUCGGACUUUCUAUAGAGGUCUGACCCCUACAAUCAUUGCUGUCUUCCCAUAUGCUGGUUUCCAGUUCUCCUUCUACAACAUCCUGCAACAGUUUUCGGAACGGAUGAUUCCAGAUGAAGGAAAAGAAGGAGGCAAUGUUAAAAACCUUGUUUGUGGCAGCUGUGCUGGAAUCAUCAGUAAAACCCUCACUUACCCUUUUGACCUGAUCAAAAAACGGCUGCAGGUGGGUGGCUUUGAGCAUGCCCGAGCAGCCUUUGGGCAGGUGCGGAUGUAUAGGGGUCUACUGGACUGCAUAAGGCAGAUCAUGCGAGAGGAGGGCCUGGGUGGAUUCUUCAAGGGCCUUUCACCCAGCUUGCUGAAGGCUGCUGUCUCUACUGGUCUCAUCUUCUUUACCUAUGAGCUGUUCUGCAGCCUGCUGUGUGCCCUGAAGAACGCUGACAGCCCUAAGAGGAAGGAAGGCUGAGAGGGGCUUGUUCUUUGGCUACCUGGCGUUCUCCUGCAGGAGGGAAACUGAAGGCUUUACUUUGUCUUUAUCAUGCUGGCAAUGUCAGAGCUCCCAGAACUGCACUAGCCCAUAGGAAAUGAUGUCCUGGGUCCAAGCAGGAGAUGAAGGUGACUGCAGUUCUGCUAAAUGCAAUGAACUGCUUUACUGGAGGCGGUUAAACAGAGCACUUCUUUGUUCUGUCUCCCCUAGUACGAGUAUGUAUUUAGUGAGGAGGGGAACCAAGCAUACAACUAACUACCUAGCAGAGACUGUGCUUUGAGAAGACACUUGGUAAACUGGGUGAAUGCCUGUGCUUGCCCUGGAUCACAGAGAGGUGUCCUGGAUAGCUAGUGCUGCCUCACCAACAUAAUGCCACUUCUUAGCACUGCAUUAGCACAGCUUUAUUUUCUUCCUUGUAGCCUGUGGUUCACAGCAUAUUCUUUUCUCUGUGUUGCACAGGUAGCACUGUACCACUGUUGAAAAGAUAGUUAAAACCACUUCAGCGUGCACAGAUGCUUGGGUUUUGUUUUCUUUGCUGCCAGUUAUUUUUUCUUGAUUACAGCUUGCUGGCUGUGCGAGUCGUAAACACAGCAUCUUUUAGUGGAUCAAGCUAACUCAAGCUUGUUCUUACUUCAACUCUGGUCAGCUUGAUUGUAUCUUAAGUGUCAGUUUCUCUUCUGGCAUGUCUUGUCUCUCAAGAUUUUGCAUUGGCUUGGUUGUGCUUUUUAGAAAUAAACCCACAGGUGAAGAAUCCCACUCUGUGAGGUUUCAGCGCACAAUUACUUCAUGGUUUUUUGUUUCCCUGCUGCAGUGCAGUGAGUGAACAAAUGCAGUGUAGAUUUAAUUUAAACUGUGUUGGAACAA